GUACAAAUACGAUACUGAUAAAACGCUUACACAAUUACGAUUUAUUAGUGAAUAUAAUCAACUUAUUGGUGUCAUAAACUGGUUUGCGGUACAUCCAACUUCAAUGAAUAAUACAAACAAAUUGGUAACUAGUGACAAUGUUGGAUAUGCAUCUAUCCUCAUGGAGGAGAAACUGAAUCCCGGAGCAAUGAUUGGACAAGGAAAAGUUGUUGCUACUUUCGCAUCAUCUAAUUUAGGUGAUUCGUCGCCAAAUACAAGUGGGCCGAAAUGCGAAUAUUCUGGUAUGCCUUGUGAUAUACUUACGUCAUCAUGUCCAUCAUCAGAGGGUGUUUGUUUUGCGUCCGGACCAGGGAAAGACCAAUUUGAAAGCUGCAAAAUUAUUGCCACAAAAUUGUUUGAAGGAGCAAUGAAUUUGGUUAGAUCUAACAGAGGUCAGGAAGUUGUAGGACACGUGAAUUACAUCCAUCAAUUUAUCGAUAUGACCAGCGUUAAAAUCAAUGUUUUCAAUCACAAAAAGAAUGAUUUUGAAAUG